AUGGCAUCGUGCACGUCGCCUGCUCUGGUACACACCAGUCAGGUGGCUGAUGGCUGGGACGCGGAGAAAUCCCAGUCGUUGGUCCAUACCCCGUCAACGGCUUGCCCGACACCUCGCACGCCCGUUUCUCGAAACCUCUUGCCACCUCUCGCCCUCCCGGAACCGAUCACAUAUUCCCGGGAGGCACAGCCGUUUUGGUGGCCGAUGUCUGAGGGUGAUGAAGGUGCCUUGAGUAGUCCUUUGAAUGAGCCGUCGAUGGGGAUGCAGGGAGACUGUCGCUUCGGUGAAGACUCCCGGGCCUUCGGAUGUCUUGGCCUGCCGAAGUGGGUCUAUGAGGGCGACGCUGACUCCGACUCGGACUGGGACACUCCUGGCUCCGACUCGCAAGGCGGCUCAGAGUCGCCUGCGCUCAGCUGCUUCGAGUCGAGGGCGCCGGUUCAGCGAAAACCGGUGUGCUGGGCUGAUCUGGCGGAGGAGGAGGAGAUGGAGAUCAAGAUGACGUCUCAGGCCAAGACGCGACCCAAGGUGAGCUGGGCUGAUUUGCAAGAAGACUCAGAAGAACCUUCCUGGACGUGGAAUUGA